AUGGCUUUGCAUUUUGUUAAGCUAGGAGGAGGAAUAUUACUUGCAACUCUUUUGAUAGUAGCUUCAGCCUCUGACCCCAGCCCUCUUCAAGAUUUCUGUGUUGCAGAUCCCACUAGCCCGGUGGUAGUGAAUGGCUUGGCCUGCAAGGACCCAAACCUUGUACGAGCGAGCGAUUUCUUCUUCAGUGGCCUUCACUUGCGAGCCAACACAACCAACUCCUUCGGAGCGGGCGCGACUCCGGUGACUGCUGCCCAGAUUCCGGCGCUCAACACUCUCGGCAUUUCUAUGGGACGCGUUGACUUCGCCCCGCAGGGUCUCAGUCCGCCGCACAUUCAUCCUCGCGCCACCGAAAUCUUGAUCGUCCUUGACGGUAGAAUUGAAGCCGGUUUCAUAACCUCCAACCCUGAAAACCGUCUUGUCACCAAAGUGCUAGAGAAGGGCGACGUGUUCGUGUUCCCAGAAGGUCUUAUCCAUUUCCAGCGGAACAUUGGGAAUGGCAACGCCGUCGCCGUCGCAUAUUUCAGUAACCAGAACAUAGGAGGGAUUAUCUUCGUUGCUAAUGAUGUGUUUGGAUCGAAUCCGGCUAUACCUGCAGAUGUUCUGGCCAAAGCGUUCCAGGUUGACCAGAACAUUAUCAGUAAGAUUGCAUCUAAAUUCUAA